CUCAUCUGCUCAUCCGGGGAAUUUCAAGAUGAAGGCGUUCAUGGUAAAGUAACUGACCAAGAUAAAUGCUCAAAGUCUGACCAUGGAUGAUUACAAAGAACGUCCUAAAGAGGAUGUGUGUCAUCUACUGCAGUCUGUGAUCUUACAGAUAUGUGAGGAGCAUUACCAGGCUUGUGGGGAUGUGGAAGUAGACGCCAUUAUAUGUUUGUCCACUCUUAAUUCUGACAAUCAGGAAGUCGUUAAAAUCCACAAAGUUUUGCCUUCACAUAAUUUCAAACACAGACAGAAAAGAACAGCUAAUAUACCUCUGGAGCAAAAAGCAAAGUUUAGGCAUUCCAAAAGACAAAAGCUUUUAAGGAAACAGCACCAUAGAAAUUCUUCUACUGUACCAAGGUUUCCUAGACAGCAAAACUACAUUCCUAUUUAUCCCUCAAAUGAAAUUGACCAAGAAGCUGAAGCCAGUCUUUCUACCCAUUCUCAAGAAAAAGAGGAAGAGAUAGAAUUUAUUUCUCUACAAAAUACAAAUAGCAGUCAUUCAGACAGAGAUGAAUUGAAGUCAGAAGGUGGAGAGGAAUUUAAUGGUCUUGAUACCUCCGAUGACCACCAUUUUAACAAUGAUCCGAUACCCAGUGAGAUGGAUCAAAAUUCCUUCAUAUCACUGCAAGACGAGGAAUUCCCUGCUCCUGAAGUGAUAUAUGUGUGUAAAGAGGAACCGUGUGAAAAAGUAGAUACAAACCCACCAAGGUACUCAAGUCGACCAAAGAGAAAGCAAAAUCCGAGGAGAAUUGUUCACUUGCAAGAUCUGCAAAAUGAGUUUGAAAAAGAUGUAAGUGGUAUUGAGAAUGACACACAAGUUUGUUUUCCCCAUUCAAAUGAAAAUGAAGGAAAUUCUGUGGAUCAAAAUCAGUUUAAUUUGGAUGGGGACAGUGAGGAUACAGAUGAAUUCCAAGCUAUGUACGCCUCGGAUUAUAAGCCAGUACACAGCUUUGCUGAAACAGAAGCGGAGAGAGACGGCACUGCUGAAACAGAUUCCAUUCUCCAAGAAACGGAAGAAAUAGAUCCUCUAGAAGUCUCAGAAAGUCCAAUAACAGAAAAAGUUUCCGCUGGUAAACAUAGGAAUAAAAAGAUUUCUCCGAAUCUGCUUCACAGCAAGGGCAAGGUAUUCCGGUGCAGUAAAUGUGGUUCAGGAUUCAGCAGCAAGAAAUCUCAGAUGAGACACGAACGCUACAACUGUGGAGACAUUCCUCAUUUUGAGUGCAAUGUCUGUGGCAAAUUCUAUUCAAGAGCAGACAGUAAAACAAGGCACUUGUGGAAAAUACAUGGCAUCAAAAUUUCCACCCCUGAUAAAAACAACCCUCUGGAAUUUCCAUAAUUUAUGCAACACAAAAUUUGUUCAUGUUGUUAGUUGUUUUAUUAAGCAAAAAAUGUCAGAUGAUUUCUUUCAAUGUUAAAAGCUGUUUAUCACUUCCCAGUGACUGUCACAAAGUUUGCUUUAUUGUUUAUGACUAUCAGAGAUUUUUUUAACCACAUACCUCUUGAGUAGAGAUGAUUUUUCCAUUUACAAAUAUUACAUAUUUUAACAUCUGUGCAUCACUUUCUCUUCCUAAUCCUAUUGAAAUUAAAAUAUCAUGUUACUCUAAAAUUACUGUGAAAAUACUUUUGUGUGUCUUACUGAUACACAUGUAAAAUGUCUAAAAGCUGCAGCUGCAAUAGGAUCUCUAUAAUGUUUAUUGCAACACAUUUUUUCUUUCAGAGUAUACCGGUAGUUCUUUUUCCAUAGAUAACCAAAUGCACACCAGUUUCAUCUACCUCAAUUUCACUGCUCACAAGCAUGAUCAUACUGUUACAUGUAAAUAAUUUUUUUCUGGUUGUAACACACUUUUUGAUUGGCUGAAAAAUUAGUUUAUACAUGUAUUGUAUAAUAUGUGUUGGAGAUGUUACAAUGACUUUUGUCAAAAUUGUAUUAAUCUGCUUGAUGUAACAUUUAACAUGUUCAAAUUUUGCAUAAUUUUAUGUCAGAUUUGAUGUGAAAUUGUCUUCUUUUUUUUGUUACACAGUAAAACUGAAUGGUAGAAAAUUGAAUUAUAAGGAAUGAAUUUUUUAAUAGCUAAGUUACUAGUAUAUGGUAUAACCUGGUUUGGAACAGUAAACUCAUUUUUAUAAAUCGCUGUGAAGUUUGUAUUUAGCGUUAACUGACCCAACCUACAUUAUACCGUAUAACUUGUUUAGCUAUGAAAUUCAUAAUUUGUGGAUAAAAUAAUAAGUAUAACGUUAUUUGUUAAACAUUUUCUAGAAUUUUUUACUUUAAGAUUUAAGGUAUAUGUGUAACUGUGUUACAUACAUUUUGUUUUAUUCAUUAGUGUAUGUAAUCAGUUUUUCUCACUUUAUCAUGUUUAAAAAUACUUGUAUUUCUACAAAGUCAUUCCUACUGAAAAUGGGUGUAUGUGGUAGAAGUAAGGUUUACCAAAUUGUACUUUAAGUGAUAAACAUGCAGUGGUAUCAAAGAUCUGCUGUUUGUAUUGAAUGUAGAAGUUUUGUCUGGAAAUGAUUUACUAUGCAAAAGGCUCUAUCAAACAUGAUUCAAACUUUAUGUUGAAGUUAAUGACUACAUGUAUAUUACAUGUACAGAGAAGAAAAUAAUUAUUAUAGAUGUUUAUUAAAUAAAAUUUAUAUAUAUACAUGUAUAAAUCAUGCAUGAAAAUAAUUCUGAUUUGGAUUUAAUCCAUGUUGAAAAACAAAAGAAUAACAGAUAGUGAAAUUAUUGUUUCUACAAGUUGAUACAAUAUAUGUAGUUAAAUUUCGUUAAUCCUAAUAUGAUUUUCAAGACAUUAAUAUUUAAUAAAUGUAAUUUCAAAUUUUUUUUAAAGUGUUUAGAUGAUUAUUGCCACAAAUUUUGCAUUUAAAUUGGAUCCAUGAUCAUAUUUUUUUCCUACAUAGAUACUGCAUUCAUCUAGUGAAAUAUGUAUAUCCAGGAUGAAUUUUUAAGAAUAUUUUGGACUUAACAUAAUGGAACAAUGAACCAAUGUACCUGCAUUUAUUAGUCUCCUGAUGAAGGGACGUGUAAUAUGGAGAUGAAUUCUCCCAUCCUGUAAACUUGAGUUAUCUUUCUUAACACAAAUUAUCUUUUCCUUACAGCAGGUAUCGUAAAACGGGGAGGAUGCAUGCUUCUUGAUCUCACACAUUACUCUUUAAGGUGCAAUAUCCCUCUGAUAAGAGAGAUAACUUUCGGAGGAAUUUAUUCCAUGUAAUUCUGUUAUUCAAGGAAUUUUCUUGUCAGAGUUUAUAAAUCAGGACUAGUUCAAAGUCAACUCAUUCAAUUCUGAUCUAUGGUACAAAUGAUGAUUUCUAUUUUCUGUUUCCAACAUUUUUAGUAAUUACCUUUAAUAUUGUACCUAAAACAUUUAUACUCAAUACCUUUAAGCUGUGACAAUUGAGAUAUUUCUAUCUUUUUACAUAUAAUCUUUCAAUUGUUACAGAAAUUUCAG